GGCGUUCGACGGGCGUGUUUGGAGCUACCCCCAAGGGUGACUUGACCACCAAGUCUUCCUGGCCGGAGGAGACGCAUACCAGUGUGAGGUGGACAUCAUCAAGGAGGCAACGCAAACCGGUGAAACCAACGACCUGACGAAGGAUCACAUCCCCCCGAUGUUCGACCAUAUCGACCCUCCGUAUGCAACGUGUUCGACGAAGUUCAGCUGAGAGUUCCUGGAUCCAGAGACGACUGGCGCGCGAGUGCUCCGGAUCAACAUAUCCAGAUAUUUGGGAAAACUCAAGUAUCUGGGCAAGGAAGACAUACCAAUCGCAUUCGUGGACUGUUUCUUCUGUAAGGUUUUUUUUUCUGCUCAUUCAUCUGUUGGCAGGCCAUUGGGUACUGUGGGACAACGAGAUCCAGCAUGGGGACAUCAGCGUAGACAACCUGACGCACACUCCAGCCACGAAGCAAAGGGUUCUUAACGACUUCGACCUGGCCCGAUUGGACCAACAGAAUCGGAAACCAAGUGGAAAGGACAACACUGGGACUAUGCCACUCAUGACUCUGGACCUAUUCAGUGAUCAGGCAUCCGAGGGUUUGGCUCCACGUCACUACCGACACGAUACCGAGUCUUUCGCCUGGUGUCCCAUUUACAUC